AUGCAAAAUAGACACGGUGAUUUUAUUGGUUCUAUGUGGGGAAGAAAAAAUAAAAGCUUCGUAAGGAUAAACUCUGGAAUAGCAGUUAGUUUUUAUAGUAUAAAAACUUCCUUUAAUCAAUAUUCUAAUCAAAUAAUAUCUUUAGGCAUGGAUGAAAGUAGACAAUUUAAUAGUAAUACACAUUUGAUGGUACUAAUUCAGUGGACCCAAAAGGUGAAUGAAGAUGAAUAUAGGCUUAAAUUUUUUAGAGAGUUUGGAACAAAGCAGUUUAUUGAUGUACGAGUAAUUGAUCGAUAUGUAGGAUUCUUAAAAUAUGGAAAUCUUUUAUUUAUCAUUGACAAAGAAGUAAAUAAUCUUGAUGAUAGUAAUAUAGAGUCGAGUAGUGAAGAUAAUAGAUAA